GCAUUUCCCUUACCAUUUACGUUCUCAACUUUCUCCUCCGACACACUCCAAAACUCAGAAUCUCUCUAACUAACUCUUUCGUAAUUUAGGAUCUUACUACAAAUCUUCAAUCUCCGAUCUUUGUUCAUUCUUUAAAGAAUUGAGAGAAAAUGGACAACGAGUUGUUUAUGAACACAGAGUUUCCACCACCACCGGAGAUGGCGACGCAUUUCGAACCACCACCGUCUUCUUCAUCGGCCAUGAUGCUUAAUUGGGCUUUAAUGGAUCCAAAUCCGCAUCAAGAUUCUUCUUUCUUAUGGGAAAAGUCAACGGAACAACAACAACAACAACAACAACAAAGCAUAUUUGACUCUGCUUUAAGCUCAUUAGUCUCAUCACCGACACCGUCAAAUUCCAACUUCUCUGGCGGUGGCGGUGAUGGUUUUCUUAUCAGAGAACUCAUCGGAAAGCUUGGAAACAUCGGGAAUAACAAUAAUAACUCCGGUGAGAUCUACGGAACUCCGAUGUCUCGCUCUGCCUCAUGUUACGCAACUCCGAUGAGUUCUCCACCACCACCGACGAAUAUGAAUUCUCAAAUGAUGAUGAAUAGAACAACACCGUUGACGGAAUUCUCAGCAGAUCCGGGUUUUGCGGAGAGAGCUGCAAGAUUCUCUUGUUUUGGAAGUCGGAGCUUUAACGGAAGAACCAAUACAAAUCUUCCGAUUAACAACAUCGUUAACAACUCCGGGAAGCUGACACGUGUCUCCAGCACACCAGCUCUUAAGGCUCUUAUUUCACCGGAAGUCGCACCCGGCGGCGAAUUUUCCCGGAAGAGAAAAUCUGUGCCUAAAGGAAAAUCCAAAGAAAAUCCCAUUUCCUCUGCUUCCCCAUCUCCUAGUUUCUCAAAGACGGCGGAAAAGAAAGAAGAAUGGGGUGGAAAAGGAAGUAAAAGUUCAGAAGAAAAAGGAGGAAAAAGGAGAAGAGAAGAAGAAGAUGAAGAAGAAGGAGAAGGUGAAGGAAACAAUAACACUAAACCACCGGAGCCUCCUAAAGAUUACAUUCAUGUUCGAGCUCGACGAGGCCAAGCGACCGAUAGUCACAGCCUCGCCGAACGAGUUCGGAGGGAGAAAAUUGGUGAAAGGAUGAAGCUUCUUCAAGAUCUUGUGCCUGGAUGCAAUAAGGUUACUGGAAAAGCACUGAUGCUUGAUGAAAUUAUAAACUAUGUACAAUCAUUGCAAAGACAAGUUGAGUUCUUGUCAAUGAAGUUAUCAUCAGUGAACGACACCAGGCUGGAUUUUAACGUGGACGCUCUUGUGUCAAAGGAUGUUAUGAUUCCAUCAAGUAACAACCGAUUGCAUGAAGAAGGACUCCAAUCAAAGUCUUCAAGUCCCAGAAGCUUCACUCACUUACCAACACUUACCCAAUUCACUGACUCAAUCUCUCAGUAUCAAAUGUUUAGCGAAGAAGAUUUACAAAGCAUAGUAGGAAUGGGAGUGGCACUAAACCCCAACAAUGAAUCUCAACACAUGAAAAUUGAGCUUUGAUCAACCAUUUUUUCAAGCUGUGUGAGGUGUUAUGUCUUUAUCUCUAUUGUCUUUGGAUUUGAGGUGGGAUUUGAAAACAAUAUUAUAGUGGGAUCAAGUUUUGAUUUCUGAAAAUUAAAUGUCUUGCUUGUAAUUUCUAGAGAUCUACCGAGAAAACGCGGAAUCUUAUAUGUUUGCUUUUUCUUUAACCGGUUUAAUCCCUAAUCAACCAAUGAUUCGGUG